GUUUUUUAGAUAAGUUAAUGUUGAUUUCGAAAUCAUGGAAGAUUGGAUGUUAAACUUUUUAAAGAAAAGAAAUUUAGAGGUCACAAACACUUUGGGCCUUUCUUGGUACUUUGGAAAAUAUGGGGAUUUCUUCUGUACCCCAUAUUGUUCUUCAUCUUUGACAGUUACAUGGCUAUGGUUUGCCCUAGUGCGUAGUUAAAUCUCAACAUCGGAUUCGGAUUGCUGUGUUGUCCUGUGCUCCUGCACGAAUUUUGUAUGGUACUCGUAGGUAAUGAAUAAGGAAGUAAACUUAAAAGGACAAAUGAAAGCUCAAGGCAAGAUAAAAGUAUAUGUGAUCAACCCAUGAUCCUUUCACCCAACACAGGUCCUUCAAUGUUCAUUCCGAUAGAAUACGAGUUCCUCCUUCUAUUGUGUGAAGAAGGGUUGUCAUAGUUGCCUUGAUUAAUGAUGAGAAAUCUCUCUGCAUCUCAUUUCUUCGGGCUUUUAGUUCCCUCACCCAUCUUUCAUUCCAAUAACCAUCCUUUUCUCACUCUCUCCUUACCUUCCAGCCGAAGAUUCUCUCCUUCCAUUCAAUGCGCGGUUCAAUUCCGUCCCUGCAUCGACAUCCACAAGGGGAAAGUGAAGCAAAUUGUGGGGUCAACCUUGCAAGACUUGAAAGGGGGUGAUGGGUCAGAUCCUGUGACCAAUUUUGAGUCUGAUAAGUCAGCUGCUGAAUUUGCUACUCUUUACAGACGAGAUGGACUCACGGGUGGCCAUGUCAUCAUGCUUGGUGCAGACCCUUUGAGCAAAGCUGCUGCCUUGGAAGCAUUGCAUGCUUAUCCCGGUGGUCUACAAGUUGGAGGGGGAAUAAAUUCUGACAAUUGUUUGAGUUACAUAGAAGAGGGAGCAAGCCAUGUCAUUGUGACAUCUUAUGUAUUCAAUGAUGGACAAAUGGAUAUUGGAAGGCUAAAAGAUCUUGUUCAAAUUGUUGGAAAAAAUAGGCUUGUAUUGGAUCUCAGUUGCAGAAAAAGGGAUGGUAAAUAUGCAAUUGUCACUGAUAGAUGGCAGAAGUUUAGUGAUGUUUUUGUUGAUCCUGGUGUAAUGGAAUUUCUUGCCAGCUUUGCUGAUGAGUUUUUGGUUCAUGGUGUUGAUGUUGAAGGGAAAAAGUUGGGAAUUGAUGAAGAGCUUGUUGCCUUGCUUGGCAAGCAUUCACCUAUUCCUGUUACUUAUGCUGGUGGUGUGACUGGAAUGGCUGACCUAGACAGGAUUAAAGGUGCGGGAAUGGAGCGUGUGGAUGUAACUGUGGGUAGUGCCUUGGAUAUUUUUGGAGGAAACAUGUCGUACGAAGAGGUUGUAGCUUGGCAUGCCCAGCAAAGGGCCUAUGCAGUUUGAUUAGUAUGUUUUCUUCUAAUUGGAGAAAGGAUAUGUUUUUAGUAUUUCUCUAGAUGUGUAACAAUUUAUCAGGUUAUCUUUUAAUGACUGAAGUCAAAUUGAACGAUUAAUAACAAACAUUCUAGGAUGAAUUGAUAAAUAUUUUAAUAAUACUGGGUGUACAACAAUA